ACGUCUCCAGUGGCCACUGAGCUCACAAAAGCUCCGAAGCACUCUUUCUCUCUCCUUCUCUUUCUCUAAACAGUAGGAGUAGUAAGGAAUCUCUGGAACGAAAGAACCGAUUGGAGAAGCAGCUGUUCGGUUGGGAUUAGAGAUGAGCGCGGUUCGGACUCAGAGAUGCUUUGCCCAUAUCCGUACACUUUCUCCUUCCUCGUCAUCUUCUUCUUCUUCCAUUUCUCGUUGCGUCGGUCACGACGACUCUGCUUCUUCAGAAAUCCACUAUUUGGAGAGGCUGCAAAAUCAGUGGUAAAUCACCUAGCUGUUAUGAAAUGCUUUGGUGUUGCUCUUGUUUCAGAUGAUAAUGCAACUUGUGUUUCGCCGACAUGGAUUGGAAAAGGCCUCACUUGUGUUUGCUUCAAGAGAAAGGGACAUUAUGAACGAAUAUGCGUCAACUUGACACCCCAACAGGAGGAGAAGCUGAAACGGCUAAAGCACCGAAUGAAGGUUUAUUUUGAUGCUUCUAGGCCAGAUCAUCAGGAAGCAUUGAGAGCUCUUUGGGCUGCUACUUACCCUAAUCAGGAGCUUCAUGGCUUGAUAUCUGAUCAAUGGAAAGAAAUGGGUUGGCAGGGUAAAGAUCCAUCAACCGAUUUCAGAGGAGCUGGAUUUAUUUCAUUGGAGAACCUGUUGUUCUUUGCCAAGACAUUUUCAACAUCUUUUCAGCUUCUACUAAAGAGGCAGGGAGGGAAGCCAGCUGCUUGGGAGUAUCCAUUUGCUGUGGCUGGAGUAAAUAUCACGUUUAUGAUCAUGCAAAUGCUUGACCUUGACACCAUAAAGCCAAGGACUUUUGUUAGACCUGUUUUCUUGCAGAUGUUGUCAGAAAAUGAGUGGGCCUUUGACUUGCUCUAUUGCGUGGCUUUCAUGGUUAUGGACAAGCAAUGGCUUGAGAGAAAUGCCACAUACAUGGAGUUUAAUGAGGUUUUAAAAUCUACUCGGGCACAAUUAGAGAGGGAGCUUUUAAUGGAUGAUGUUAUGCGAAUCGAAGACAUGCCAUCUUACAGCCUUCUUUCUUGAUUCAUAAACAACUAAAAAUAUUGAUGAAGAUAGACCAUAAAGAGUUUCGCAUUUUGAUAUCUACCAAUGACCCUGGAAUUGUACAAUCUCUACCUUCUGUUCACAUAUGGCGGCUUCCCACUUGGUUGAUUCACUUUAAACUCGCCCUAUGACUCCUCAGAUUGAUCAAAUUUGAAGGAGAUACUACCCAAUGUUUUAACCACCAAUGGGAAAAUUGAGUAUCUAUGAGCAUUGCAGAUUUUGUUUCCGACAGUCUAGGACAGGAAAGUCAUUGGCAAUUUGUGACGCUUUCAGCUUGUAAUGAAGUUUGUGUGAGUAACCAAAUGUUACUCGGGUACAAAAGUUUGAUUAAUGAGGUUGGAGCAACGACUAAAUUAUGUGCUGUGCACUAAGUUCAAAAGCAAUACCUAAAUUAUAAAGAAAUAUUUGCCUAUCAUAA